ACUGCGGAAGUUCCUCUUCUUACCCUGUACCCAGAGCCUGGCCAGAGAGGACAAGGGCAGGCAGCACCAUGAGUGGGGGUCCUGUGGGAGGCAGACCCGGGGGCCGCGGAGGAGCAGUUCAGCAGAACAUACCCUCCACCCUCCUCCAGGACCAUGAGAACCAGCGACUCUUCGAGAUGCUUGGACGGAAAUGCUGGACGCUGGCCACCGCAGUUGUCCAGCUGUACCUGGCGCUGCCACCUGGAGCUGAGCACUGGACCAAGGGGCAUUGCGGUGCUCUGUGCUUCGUGAAGGAUAACCCCCACAAGUCCUACUUCAUCCGCCUUUAUGGCCUUCAGGCUGGCCAGCUGCUCUGGGAACAGGAGCUGUACUCACAGCUGGUCUAUUCCACUCCCACCCACUUCUUCCACACCUUCGCUGGAGAUGACUGCCAAGUGGGGCUGAACUUUGCAGACGAGGGCGAGGCCCAGGCCUUCAGGGCCCUGGUACAGGAGAAGAUACAAAAGAGGAAUCAGAGACAAAGUGGAGACAGACGCCAGCUACCCCCACCCCCAACACCAGCCAAUGAAGAUGAGUCAUCUAGUGCAAAGAGAAGAGGAGGGCUCCCACCUCUGCCCCCACACCCAGGUGGAGACCAAGGGGGUCCAGCAGCCUGCCCAGUGUCCCUCGGGCUGGUGACAGUGGACAUUCAGAACCCGGAUAUCACAAGUUCACGAUACCGUGGGCUCCCAGCACCUGGGCCUGGCCCAGGUGAUAAGAAACGCUCAGGGAAGAAAAAGAUCAGCAAGGCUGAUAUUGGUGCACCCAGUGGAUUCAAACAUGUCAGCCACGUGGGGUGGGACCCCCAGAAUGGAUUUGACGUGAACAACCUGGACCCGGAUCUGCGGAGCCUGUUCUCCAGGGCGGGAAUCAGUGAGGCCCAGCUCACCGAUGCUGAGACCUCCAAACUUAUCUAUGACUUCAUUGAGGACCAGGGUGGGCUGGAGGCCGUGCGGCAGGAGAUGAGGCGUCAAGAGCCGCUUCCACCACCCCCACCGCCAUCCCGAGGAGGGAACCAGCUGCCCAGGCCCCCUACUGUGGGGAGUAACAAGGGCCGUUCUGGUCCACUGCCCCCGGUACCUUUGGGAGGUGUUCCACCCCCACCAACUCCCCGGGGACCCCCACCCCCAGGCCGAGGGGGCCCUCCACCACCACCCCAUCCUGCCACAGGACGUUCUGGACCACUGCCCCCUCCGCCCCCUGGAGUUGGGGGACCCCCCAUGCCACCACCGCCACCACCACCACCACCACCCAGCUCUGGGGAUGGGCCAGUCCCCCCGCCUCCUCCUGCUCUGGGGCCUACAGGGGGCCUGGCCCCUGGUGGGGGUCGGGGGGCACUUUUGGAUCAAAUCCGGCAGGGAAUUCAGCUGAACAAGACUCCUGGGGCCCCAGAGAGCUCAGCGCUGCAGCUGCCACUUCAGAGCUCAGAGGGGCUGGUGGGGGCCCUGAUGCACGUGAUGCAGAAGAGAAGCAAAGCCAUCCACUCCUCAGAUGAAGGGGAGGACCAGGCUGGCGAUGAGGAUGAGGAUGACGAAUGGGAAGACUGAGUCACCCCCUCCACCUAUUCUGUGCCUUGUCUCCUGGCAGCCCCUGCUCCCUGACCUCUCCUCUAGACUUCCAGGCGCCCAAGUCCCGCUUCUUCCCCACCACCCUCUCCAAUACUGUUACCUCUGAAGGGUCCCCACACUUGCCUUAGUAAGGACCCUGUGUAUACAAAAUGUAUCAGUUUUUCUUACACAAGGAUCUUUAAACAAAAUAAAACAACUGUCUUUUCAUUUCUCUAAA